UGUGCCUGCCUGGACGCGAAGUCUCGCCGGCUGUUGGGGUAACUCGUCCCAUUUGAGAUGCUGGUUACUAGUUAAGUUCCGCCGUUAAUAAACAUUCUCUGUGUGGAAUGUUUUGCUUCGACAGUCUUGAACAAAUCGGGUGCCUGUUGUGGUUUUAACUCCGUAGCCGCUCUGAAAGUGAAUCUUUUGACAGUUUGCAAGCUGUUCCUGUGACUGCUGCCUUCUCAAUGAGGUACAGAGGAGCUCAGAUCUGUCGCUGGACUCAUGGCUCCUGCUGCUUUUCCCGCCACUCCCUGUCUGGAUCUCUGUACGGCAGAAUUACUCUGGUCCGCAGCUACAGUGCGCCACAUCAGCCUGGUCCUCCACCAGCACCACCUGCUGACCCUGCACCUCCAGAUGGGAAGAGUGGAGGUGAGGUGGUGAAGGAGCGCGCCCUGGCUGCCUUACAGCAUGCAGGUGAGCUGGGGCAGCAGUGGGGUCGGAGGUCAAGUCAAGCGGCCAGCGCCACCAUAAAUUACUGGUGGGAGAGGUACGAGGAGUUUGUUGGGAUCAAUGAAGUCCGCGUGGCUCAGACCAAGGUCACUGAGGCUGAGGCAGCCUUCAUGGUGGCCAGAGGGAUGGUGCGUGAGGCACACACCGGUCUGGAGACUCUGCAGGUCAGACUGAAGGAGAUUCGAGACCGGCUGGACCGGGUGUCGAGGGAGGAGGCCCACUACCUGGAGCUGGCAACGCUGGAACACAAACUGCUGCAGGAGGAGCGUCGUCACCGGACAGCGUAUGAGAACGCUGAGAGUUCGGAGAGGGAGAAGUUUGCUCUGUUUUCAGCUGCUGUCAGAGAGAGCCACGAGAAGGAGAGGACGAGAGCGGAGCGAACCAAGAACUGGUCCGUCAUCGGCUCGGUGCUCGGAGCUCUGAUCGGCGUCAUGGGCUCGACAUAUAUCAACCGUGUACGACUGCAGGAGCUGAAGACUCUUCUGCUGGAGGCUCAGAAGGGUCCAGAGAGUCUGCAGGAAGCUCUCAGAGUCCAGGCCGGGAACCACCGGUCCCAGCGGGACGAGCUGCAGACGAUUAUCAACAGCCUCAGGGUUGCGCUGGGUGACGCCUCCGCAGCGAGGCCUGUGGUCGAUCCCGCCUCACACUCGGCUGCUGUGCCUCUCUCGGCCUUCAAAGACCUUCACACGUCCAGUCAGAAGACCCACACCCUCCUGGAGUCUCUCCCGCCACAACUGGGACAACUGGAGCAGGGACUGGGCCGAGUCGAGGGGAAAUUAUCAGCAGUGAAGAGGCUGCUGGACGCGACGCCUCCUGCUGGUGAGCUGCAUUUAGCGGGACCAGAGAGAGGGGAACAGUGGGAGGAGUCUGAGGUGGCGGCGGUGAGGCGCUUGGAGGAGACGCAGAGGACGCUGGGAGAACAGAUGAGGACAAACACGGUUUUCAGUGCUGUGUUUGCGUACACUGCCGCAGCCAUCACCGUCUCUGCUGUGUACAUGAUGCUGAGAGGCGGUGGUUAGACGAGGCGCUGCCGGUCUGCGCGUGGUCACAGGUUCCAGUAACGGAGGGCGACCGAUUUGUCCUAAUAUCAGCUGAUGGGACAGUUUGCACCCUAUGGACAUUUUUGAUCAUGUCAAAUUUGACCCGUGGGGGGGGUUAAGGACAUGGAAGUAGCCGUGCUCCAGAUCAUGUCAUGAUAUGCAGUUAAGUAAUUUAACGCUCUCGUGACCUUCAUGAGGAUGUAUUUAAAUGUUCUGGCUGUAGAAACGUUCUGCUCCUUUUUCCAAGAUAACGUUCAAAUUCAACCGUUUAGGAAUCACAGUCCUGAGAAGCUGAGGUCACAGACGCGUGCCGCGGAAGUCCUGAGGUUCUACCGUAAUGACAAGUAUAUGAGAGCAGCACUCAGUUUCUCUGCUUUCUGGUAUCCAUCC